UAAGAAUAUAUUUUAUAGUAACAAAGUUGUCUAAAGUAUCCCAAAUAGACCCGAUUUAUUAAGUAGGCAAUUUUGCGGGGGUAAAACUCGUAUUGCUAUAAUCUAGGCUUUUCACCAACCUCCUCAAGAAAAGAAAAAGAAUUAAUCCUAUUCCUACUCAAAUUAGGAAACAGUAAUUACAACUUAAUUAGGCAACUUCUAUUACCAAAACUACAAAACUCCCAAACAAAAAACCUACAUAUAAAUAUACACAUUCUUCUCAGGACUCUUACACUUCCUCAAUUUUUUUUUUUUUUUUGGGUGGGAAUAAGGGUUUCAAGCCAUGGCAGAAGAAGAUCAAAACAAGAAGAUCAAAACAAACAAUCCAAAAACUUAUCAAGUGAGAAAAGAAUGCAUAAAGAGGAAAACAAUGGAGCUUUCAACUCUCUGUGAUAUCCCUGUCUGUACUAUUAUUACAAGUCCUCAAGGAGAACUUCAAACUUGGCCUGAAAGUUUGGAUGCUGUUAAAGAAGUUCUUGCUAUGUACACUCAAAAUAAAAAACCCAAAAAAAAGGCCAAGGAACUAUCAUCAUCAUCAGAAGAAGAAAAAGAAAAAGAAAAAGAUGAAGAAGAACAAGGAGAGAAAGAUAUUCUGACCCUAGUGGAAUCCAAACUUGAUGCUGUGAACAAGAGAAUUCGUUUCUUGGAGGACAAGAAUGUUGUUGGUAAGGGUAAAAGAAAGAGACAACAACAAAAACAUACCCAGUAGAAUCCCACAAUGUGGGGUCUGCGGAGGGUAAAGCCUACGCAGACCUUACCCCACGUUGAAGGUUAGGGAGGUUGUUUUCGAAAGACCCUCGGCUCAAGAGAGGACAAGACAAAAAGGUCAGAUAGGGGUAAAAGAAACAGAAUUGAAUGAUUUGUUGAUAUGGGGGUGGGUCUAUUUUCUGAAUUUUGGUAACUAGAGUUUCGAUUUAUAGAAGUUGAAAGCUUAUCUGAUUUGGGAAGUGUUAUCUGAUUUGGGAAGUGUAUCUUUUUCCUUCAGUAUGAAUAUACCUAUAUUUUGCUCCUUGGCGUUCUUAUUCUUAUUUUGAAUGGUAGAUUUUUCCCUCUUGUUGAAUGGAAAACCCCACAGCAAUAGUUACAUGAAAAGUUUAAUCUAUCAAAUACUCUGUAUUAGAUAGUUUAGAGUUUUGUUAGGCAUGGAUGGCAUGUACCAUAGACAAUUUGAAAGUUAAAUAUAAAUUUUUUUUGAAACGAUGACAAAUGAAAGUGAGUUAGUAAACUGAAACAUACGAAGUAAUUAACAUAAAUGUUUUUUUAUUGCUUUAAGAAGAAACAAGGAAUGAAGUGAAAGGAGCUACAAUAUCAAUGCUCACCUUACAUGGUUAAUGAGAAUGUAUCCCUGAAGAUUAAGACCAAACU